AUUCAUCUCACGUCAAAAUCGUCGUCAAACAUUACGCCAAGUGCCCGUUGCCAUAACCAAGUAGUCGCUUUAUUCCAGCGUGCCAUUUCGCUAUCCUCCCGCCAUGUUUAACUGGAUCUGGCCGCAGAAGUCCGUCAAGGGCAACGUCGUCGUCAUCACUGGCGGCGCCAUGGGGCUCGGGCGUCUCGUGGCGCUCCGCUUCGCCGCAUUAGGUGCCAUCGUCGUCAUCUGGGACCUGCACUCGGAUCUAGGGCGUGAACUGGUACUGGAGAUCGAAGCUAGAGGUGGCAAAGCCCGAUUCUUUAAAGUAGACGUGACAGACCGCGAGCAGGUCUACGCCACGGGCCAAGAGGUGCUCAAGGAGUACGAAGCCGUGGAUAUUCUCGUCAAUAACGCCGGCAUCGUCGGUGGUCGCCCCCUACUGGAGUCCUCGGACGCCAUGAUCGAGUGCACUAUCGCAGUGAACACUACGUCGCAUUUUUGGACCAUCAAGGCCUUUUUGCCAAUGAUGAGCAAGCGGAAUAAGGGCCACAUCGUGUCGGUGGCCAGUGCAGCCGGUAUCUUCGGGUCUCCUGGAAUGGUGGACUACGGGGCCAGCAAAUUUGCAGCCAUUGGACUGAUGUUGAGUCUGAGACAGGAGCUGCAUGCUAUGGGGCUCUUCGGAGUGCACACGACCAUCGUGUGUCCGGGGUUUAUUACGACAGGCAUGUUCGAAGGGGUGAGACCUCCACCGUUCACGAGAUGGUUGACGCCUGAGUUCGUGGCCGACCAGAUCGUCAAGGCAGUGCGUAGGAACCAGUGGCGUGUGCUGCUACCGUCCGUACUGAGUAUUAUGGAGUUUGUAGCGACCAUCAUGCCCAUGUGGUUCGUGGACUGGUUCAUCCGCGUCACCAAGACGUCGCAGGCCAUGAAGAACUUCAAGCAGACACGCAAACACGCACUCAAAGCGGAGUAGGUCGCAUCGACUGAGCUUCAUGUAAGUCAGCGUAAAAAAUCUAACAAUGAUGGAUUUUAUCAAGUUGAAGUACGACCAACA